UCAGAUUUUUUGUUCGAGUAAUAAGUCGGGCGGCAGAGUUUUGUAGUCUUUGAAGUUUCUGUAUUUCAGAAGAGGGCAAGCCGUAAACCAGGCCCGAUUUCAGUAAUCCAGUUUAGAGGAAAUAAAGGCAUGAACGACUCUUUCGGUGUCUUUCUUAGAUAAAAAUUUCCCGAUUUUACUAAGUUCGUGUAAAGAUAAUGAGCCGGAGCGACAUAUAUUGUUAAUGUGGGUCAGUGCGAAGAGUGAGGGUAGAGUCUAAAGUGAUGCCGAGAUCUUUCACUUCAUUUACUGGUUCGAUAAUAGCAGUGCCGACUCUUGAGGUGUAAGAUACUGUCACUGGGCGUGAAGCGAGAGUAGAAGUAAACGACUUCAGUCUUCGUUGGGUUGCAUUUAAGACCGUUCUGCGUGUUCGAACAUAGAACAUCAUCAAUGCAAAGUUCAAGCUGUUCUAAGGCAACACGACGAUUGCUCCGCUUCAUUAUGAUAUAGAGCUGAGAAUCAUCAGCGUGCAUCAUCGCAUCUAUGCCAUGAGCUCUUAUAACAUCUUCGAGAGGACCAUAAUACAAUGAAAACAAUAAGGGCCCAAGUACAGAACCUUGAGGAACGCCGAAAGAGUUACAUUUUGGAUCGGAAACACAACGCAUUCAAGGAAACUCUUUGAAGGAGCCGCCACUCUUAAGAGGUGCAAAAGCUGUAAACAUCGUUAAACGCACAGGUCUCCAGUUAUCAAGGGAAACCAAUUUCAUCAAAAGCCCUUCAAGAUCACUGAUUUGUCUGGGAACGAUUUCUCUCUGUGCAAAAAAAUGGUCCGACCUCAUUUGAUCUUGUUGUGGGCGGCACUACACUUUGAACCAGGUUCUAGUGACCCAAAGCGAUUCCAUCGACCCGGUAAUGUAACACUGGGAGUCAUCUUACCACUUCACGUGAAAAACUCGCAGGACAAAUGCGGCGAGUUUUAUACGUUAGGACUCGGUUACAUCGAGGCGAUCACGUUUGCAAUAGGCCACAUCAACAGCGACACCAACCUACUCCCGAAUGUCACACUAGGAUUUGACAUUCGAGACUAUUGUGAUACACCCGUUUUGGCCAUGAGCACAGCAUAUGACUUCGUUAAAAGCAAUUACUUGAAUGAGUUGUCUGAAAUAGAUAAUAUAACGGCUCCUAUAUCAGCAGUCCUUGGCGCCGAGGAUUCCAGCAGUAGCACUCUGAUUUCGAGUCUUCUUCAAGUGGUUGGUAUACCAACAAUGAGUCCGUUGUCGACCAGCGAGGAACUUAGUUCUCCUUACUUUAGCGCAUUCUUUCGCACCAUACCCCCUGACAGAGAGCAGGCAAAAGCCAUGGUGGAUAUUAUAGAACAUUACGGGUGGACGUACAUCGCAGCCGUCGCUAUCGACAAUUCGUACGGUCGAUAUGGGUUACGCGCUUUAGAGAGAGAAGCGUACGACCGCAGGACGUUUUGCGUCGCGUUUACCGAGUACUUCACGCAUUCCGGCUACAAAGGGAAAAUAAAAACGAUCGUGAAGAAGCUCAAAGCGGCCGAAAACAUCAAAGUGGUCGUCUUAUGGAGCAAUUACGAGCCUGUCAAACGGUUUUUAGCAGAAGCGACCGCACAGGGAUUGGAAGGUCGAACGUUCCUCAUUAGCGAGGCCAUAACAGUUUCAGAAGAUGUCCUGGAAGAAAACUCUGCCAUCCUCAAGGGAGCAUUGGGAAUACGGCCAUUUCUUUUUAAAGAUGAGCCAAUGGAGAAUCAUCUCAGAGGAAUAACAGUAAAAGAUACCAGAUCCAGUGCUAACCCAUGGUGGGAAGAGUUUUGGACAAACCACCUUAAUUGCUCGUGGAAAAUUGGCUCAAAAGAUGCAUGUAAUGAUGAUGCAAAAGUGGACCAGCAGGCCUUUUCUAAACUACACACUGCCUUUAUUCCUUAUCUGACCGACGCUUUGUACGCUCUAGCCCAUGCCAUUGACUCAAUGUACAAGUGUAAAGAGCCAGGUGGGCUGUUAAAGAAUGGAAAAUGUCCAAGCACACGUUCUAUCAUCAAACCUGAGGACACCUUAAUUUAUCUCAGGAAUGUUUCAUUUGAUGGAAUCACGGGACGGAUACAGUUCACCAAAAACGGCGAUCCUUUCUCUUCUUCGUACGACAUCGUGAACUUUCAGAAAAGAGGCCAUCGCUACGAAAAUGUUAAAGUGGGAACAUGGAUCGGAGUGGCACGUGAUAAACUCACAAUAAACAGCACACUCAUCAAGUGGAGUGACCUGGAAGACACCGAGAAACCGGUGUCUGUAUGCAGCCAAAGCUGUCCUCCAGGAACUAAGCAAACUGCGACUGUAUCUUGCUGCUGGGAGUGCAUAAAAUGUCCAGUCGGUAGCAUCAGCACGGAGUAUAGUUCCCAGAACUGCUCCCAAUGUCCAGAGCAAUACAUGUCAAACGAAGAAGGUACGGCAUGCCUUCCCUUACCGGUUAUUAACAUUAGAUGGAGCGACACUUCAGCGGUAAUAUUCACGUUUCUAACAACGGUUGGCCUAUUUGGGACGUGUGUGACUUUCACUAGUUUCCUGAAGAACCGUAACACCCCAUUGGUGAAGGCUUCCAAUCGAGAACUGAGCUUCUUUUUGCUGUUCACCAUCGCAUUGUGCUUCGUGCUAACUUUGCUUCAUCUCGUACAACCCAGUACGGUUCUUUGUUGCAUCGUGUAUCCAUGGAGAUACUUCGUAAACACCGCGUGUGUAUCAGUCUUGUUCCUCAAGACAAACCGUCUGGUGCAAGCAUUCCAAGCGAAAGUUAUCCCAAACUGGUUCAAGCGCUACGUCGUGGACCGCAGACGUCAAUUCCUUGUCGUCUCCCUACUCAACAUGGUCGAGGUUAUCCUCACCGUCUUGUGGCUGGUGAUAGAUCCCCCACACGAACACCAGGAGGUGCGACCACAAACACACGUCUUCCAUACUUGUCUGCCAUUCCGCACAAAGGUCGGAAUGGUCUUUAGAGCCGUCAUGUUCUCGUAUUUCAUUUUCCUCUCUGUAUUAGCCUCCAUUUAUGCCUUCAAAGCGAGGCAUCUUCCCGAGAAUUUCAACGAAGCCAGGUACAUCGGCUUCGCCAUGAACGUUUUACUAAUAUCCUGGGUCUCAUUUUAUCCAGUGGAUUCGUCCUUGGAGGGAUAUUACACUACCAUAGUUGCAUGUGCCACAGCCCUGGUCACUGCAUAUGGACUUCUGCUGUGUAUUUUCGCUCCUAAACUCUUUGUUAUUGUUUUGCACCCAGAGCAAAACACACACGAGUUCACGAAAGCCGAAAUUGGUCAGUUUACGUCAAGCGCUUCACAAGUUAAAAUGACGGUCCAGCCCGCCAGUGGAAUUGAAAAUGACUCUUGUUGCUCUACGACAUGAGCACUGUUGCGGUAAAACAAACCCUUGAAGUGUACAAACAAGAUAGAGUCAACUGCAAAGUUUGGUCGUGGCGGUUUACUCGUUGAGAGCGUAAAAUUAAUCUUAUUAAUAAGCAAUUUAAAACAGGGAAGCUGUAGGUUUUUAAGAAUUUUGUCGAUACUCAACGAAAGAGUCACGAUCUUCGUUUCCUCUACGACCAAAGUUUGCUUUACAUAUUCACAACUAUGAAGGUGCAACGGCUAAGAUUAUUCAAGUUCGUAAAGUAGUUUCACCUCUCCAAACAUGGGACAAACUCGUCUGCAUUGUUUAUGUUUGUUUGUUUGCUUUUACCAUGCGAUUUUUAUUAAGACUGGACGACUGAAAGAUAAGUACAGCCAGCGAAGUCAUUAAGCACACGGUAUUUAACAAAUGGUAAACACCACAGCGUACGCUAGUGAGUUAUGGAUGGACACGGGAGGUUACUAAGCACGAAAGAAGCGUAAGAGUCGCUCGAGGCGAUAGCCUCGA